GGGGAAGGCCGCACCCGCCUCCCCUCCUCCCCGGCGCCACCGGCAACUGACACUGACCCCAGCGAGGGCGAGAGCAGCGACGUUGCCGUCCUCUUCUUACUUAGCUCAAUUCCUUCUUCUCCAGCUGAGCUGAGAUAGGCGAGCGACCAGGGGCGGCGGUCUUCUUCUCGUUGCUGCGAAGAUAAAUACUGUGCCUGCGCGCCCCGGCGGGUUUUGAUUGGAUUGCGAGAUUUGGUCGAUGGGGAUCCACCUGCUGGCGUUCGUGGCGGCGCGGGGCUUCCUGCAGGUGUUCCAGGUGUCGGCGCCGCUGCUGUGGCCGCUCAACCUCUGGGUGCCGCUGGCGCGCCACCUGCCCGAGGCCUGCGCCGCCUUCUACGGCGCGCUCGUCUCGCACGCCGCCCGCCUGCGCGCCGCCGUCCGCAGCCGCCGGCGCCGCGGGGAAGAGAGCCCCCUCGACGAGUACUUCCGCAACGCGCUGCUGACGCUCUCGGACUGAACUUCCGAACCGAGGCUAGCCCCGGGGCCCGAGCCAGGCGCCGCGCCGUGUAGGCGCUCUUCCCCAAUCUGUGAGUAGCUAGCUAGGAUUUGCUGUCUCCCUUCGUUUUCUUUCUUCUCUCGCUCUUCUUCCUUGCCGUGCUUUUGCGCGCUUAGCUAGCUAGCUAGCAUCUCAAAUUCCCAGGAGUGAGAAGCUCUGUGCUGUAGAAAUCAUGAUCUGUAACUACAAAGCCAUUGUAAUCGGCAUCGAGCUUCCAUCAGGUUUACAUGUGGUUUCCCUUUCACA